UCAAUUAGUGACGCACUGCGAUAAGUUGAUUGUUGAAUCAUUAGUUUAUAAUAAAUUAAAAUUUGAAGAUACAUAUAAACAUAGUUGUGUAUUAAAAAUAAGAAUUAAAAAGUCUAUGAAACAGUGUAAUUGUUGUUGUGUUCACUGAUAUAUCCGAAGAGAUAACCAAAUAAACCGGCUACAAGAUGUGGAAAGCAUCAACAGAUGUAGCCCCACCUCCACUGGCCGAAGCUGACGAUUGGGAAACGGAUCCCGACUUUGUUAAUGAUGUGACUGAACAGGAGCAACGAUGGGGCCCUGGAGGCAGACAUGUUGAGGCUAUUGACAUGGCAAAGCUUCGGGAAGAAGUAUUGGAGGCAGACAAACAAGCCAAGCAACAGGAAUAUGAACAUGGUCCUAAGCCGUCUUUUGGUUACGGAGGUAAAUUCGGAGUUCAGACGGACAGAAUGGACAAAUCAGCUGUGGGUCACGAUUAUGUGGGCAAAACGGAAAAACACGUUUCACAAAAGGAUUAUGCUCAAGGGUUUGGUGGUAAAUUUGGGGUGCAAAGUGACCGCAUGGACGCUAGCGCCGUGGGCCAUGACUACGUGGGCGUGGUCGAGAAACACGCCUCGCAGGCCGACUACGCCAAGGGCUUUGGCGGCAAGUUCGGCGUGCAGACUGAUAGAGUCGAUAAGAGCGCGGUGGGGUGGGAGCACCGCGAGGCGGCGGCGCGGCACGGCUCGCAGCGCGACUACGCGGUGGGCUUCGGCGGCAAGUUCGGCGUGCAGGCCGACCGGCAGGACGCCGCCGCGCUCGGCUGGGAGCACCGCGACCUGCCCACCAAGCACCGCUCGCAGACCGACUAUAGCGUCGGUUUCGGCGGUAAGUUCGGCGUGCAAACAGACAGACAAGACGCGGCCGCUGUUGGCUGGGAACAUCGCGAGGAGACUCAGCGGCACGCCAGCCAGCUGGACCAUAAGAGAGGUUUCGGCGGUAAAUUCGGCGUGGAAACGGACAGAGUGGACAAGUGUGCGCACACUUUCGACGAAGUGCAGAAGGUCGGCACCAACUACACUAAGCAGAAGCCGGACAUUGGUGCCGCUAAGCCCUCCUCUAUACGGGACAAGUUCGAAAAUAUGGCCAAGGAGAAGGAACAGGAAGCUUUGCAGUCAGUGCAAAGGAUACGACAGGAAAGGCAACAAACCGAUAAGAGUUUAAGUGAGAAGGAAAAAGAACGCCUAGCCAAGGAGAAGGAAAGGAAUCCCGAAAAUGAAGAACCGGCGCCGGCGCAGCAAACAGCCCCCGUGCCACAGAAGCUGCCACAAAAGAUAGCACCAGAGCAACAGAAGAUAGCGCAAGAGCCACAGAUAGUCCAAGAGCAGCAAACGCAAGCAACGACGUGUGAACAAGUUGAUGUGGUAGCGUCGAGUGGCGCGGAGGAAGUGAAACCGACCAGCUUGCCGGAUGUGACGUUGACUGGGGAUAACAGGGAACCGGAAAAGGAAGAGGUGCAGCGGCAGCCCACGAUCGUGGUGUCGCCGGUGGGGUGGGAGGGGGACAACGAGGCGGAGGAGGAGGACGGCUACGUGGCGCGCGCGCUCUACGACUACCAGGCGGCCGCGCCCGACGAGAUCUCCUUCGACCCCGACGACCUCAUCACCAACAUUGUGAUGAUCGACGAAGGCUGGUGGCAAGGUCUGUGUAAGGGCCAAUACGGACUGUUCCCCGCGAACUACGUGCAGUUGCAAGAUAAAUAGAAUCAUUCCAAUAUAUAUUUUGUAUUAUUAAGUGAAACUUUAACAAAUAUUAUAGGAAUUGUUGGUAAUUAUGUGUAAUUUUCAUUUCAUUGACUAGUUGUUUCGAAUGCGGAUGGAUGUGAAGAAAUAUUUGGAAUGUGAAACCGUAGAGUAUUUGAUGUAAGACAAUGGAGAUGGCGUUUUCGAGAAUUCUGUAAUUUUUUAAAUCGUUUCUUUUUUGAAGUAUCACUUCAUGUUAAAAUUUACAAUUUUUUUGUAAAAACGAUGGCUUUGGCACGUUUACAAUUUAUUGUGUUAGUAUAAAUAUAUAUAAUAUAAUGAUUUUUAAACUAUAAAUUCAGAAUAAUCAUAUAUAACGUUACAAAACGUCUAAAUACGUUUUCAUACAAAAAUUUGAAAGACGCUCAAAUAAAAACAGUGUUAAAAUCAUUUGCUGUACAAAAAUCCACUUUGAUACAAAAUUUGCAUUAAUAUAUUAAACACAAACUAAAACAUUAUAAACUCAGAAUUAACAAAAACAAAAACAAUAAUUCAAAAAUUAUUUAUUCAACUAGACAAAACUAUACUAAAUCGACAUAAUAUAGAAAAAUAUUACCACUAGUUCGGAGAGCAGUUUUUACAGAGAAGAGUCGGCAGGAAACUGUAGUUGUUCUUUUAAAAUCAUAUCCAAUGUCUUAAAAUUUUAUAUUCGAUAGAGAAACACACCUAGGAAAAUUCAUCCCAUGUCUUAUUCAUACAAAUAUAUAAUAUUUGAAACUAUGUCUUUUCGAAUAUAAGGAAAAUAUAUAGAAAACAUAUCCAUAAAUAAAAAAUAAUAUAAGAAAUCAAUAACUCAAUUUCCUUGACAUUAAAGUAUUAUACAAUUAUUAUUAGUUAUAAAGCUUAUUUUAUUUUAUUUUGGAAAAAUUGUAUACAUAACCUGAAAGAAGUCUGUAAUUGCUUUUUAAUUCUUUUUUUAUACUUGUCAUGACUUAAUGUUUCCAAGAAAAUGUAUUUUGAAUCAGUAUUUGUAUAAGCAUUUUAGUACAUUAGUAUUCUUAUUAUAGAAAAAAAAAAAUUAUAGUUUUUUCAAAUACUUUUAUGCUUUUUUAACUGGUGUUCCAAAAAACGCGAUAGGUUUUCAAUUCGACUUUUUUUUUAUAAUCUGAAGUUGAACCUUUUGCCCCAGUGUGGGUGUCGCUCGUUGUAGAAAAUAAUAAAUAAUUUAUACAGACUGAUGCAAUAUAAAAUAUAGUAUAGUAUACAAUGAACUAAAACAUAGAUAAUGUAAAUACAAAUACAUAUAUGACUAAUUGAGUGAAAGACAUAAAAGUAGCCUUUAUGUACUCGCAUAAAAUGAAAUUGACAAUUAUGUAUUCAUUUUCUAUUAUUAAUUAAUAAUAAUAGACUCUCUCAAUUUAUUUUUUUCUUACAGCAGACCAACUUUUAUAUUCUUGUGUGUGUGUGACAGCUUCGUCUUGCACUCGCGUUGUUUCCAUAAUUCUGUAUGUGUGUGUGAGAGUCAGCUGACUAUUGACUUAUAUUUUCUUUUACAAUACUAAAAAAAGAAAAUUGCCAAAUUGAAUUCAUAUAGAAUUUCAGAAGGAGAAGUAAAGAAAACAAGUAUUUCUAAGCAGUAUACUAGAUAUUUUAGAUGCACUGAAGUCUUGAACAACGUGUGACCUCAAACGGAAUUAACGAACAAUAAUCUAAUGCCUAAAUAUAAUCUAUUAUUAUAAUGUGUGAAAUGAUUUUCAUACGAUUUGUAUGCCUGUAUGUUAUGUAUGGGUCUUGUUCGUCUUUUAUAUAUGUUUAUUAAAGAUUAUCAAUA